UUCAGUGUUGUUUAGAUCCAAUACAAUUUUCUCACACAACAUAAGAUCUUUCUCUCUAGUUAACCAGAAACAACAUGAUUAGUCCAAAGAAGCUAAUCAGAUUAGCAAAGAAGUGGCAGAAACUGGCGGCAAGCAAGCGAAAAAGAAUCUCAUUGCCGAGAACCACUGGGGUUGUUGAAGCAGAGAGUUGCAGCACAUCUUCAAUGGCUGAGAAGGGUCAUUUUGUUGUAUACACUGCUGAUCAAAGGCGCUUUGUGAUUCCCUUAAAAUACCUUAAAGACAACAUCAUCAGAGAGCUCUUUACAAUGGCAGAAAAUGAGUUUGGACUUCCAAGAGGCGGGCCUAUCACAUUGCCUUGCGAUGCAGUUUUCAUGGAGUAUGUAAUCUCUUUGAUCCAAAGGCAUGCGGCAAAAGAUUUAGAGAAGGCACUGCUCAUGUCUUUGGCUACUGGUCGCUGUUUGCCAACUUCAAAUCUCCACGAAGAGCAAAGUAACCAACAAUCACUACUCUGCGGCUUCUAAAGCCAACCAUAUAUAGUUGGAUAUUUGUAAAUAGUUCACAACAUCGU